AUGUAUGGCGAGCAGGAUUGCAAUGGGAUGAACAGAGGCCUGCGUAUCCCACGGUGCUACUUCAAGGAAGCGAAUGUGCAGGUGUAUGAUCAUCUUCAAUUGCACGUUUUCGUCGAUGCAAGUGAAGUCGCUUUCUCCGCCGCAGCGUACUUCAGAGUGAUCAACACGGAGAGUAAAGUAGAGUGCUCGAUAGUCGCGGCCAAAACGAAGGUUGCACCGCUGAAGCCACUCUCGAUUCCUCGCAUGGAGCUACAAGCAGCAGUUCUGGGCAGCCGUUUAGUGUCGUUUGUUCAGGAGAAUCACAGCGUGCGUUUUCUGUGGAGUGAUUCCGCCACAGUGUUGGCCUGGUUAUGCGUCGAUCAUCGUCGGUACACGCAGUACGUAGCAUGCCGACUAAACCCUGCAGAUGCAGCAAUAAAGUGGGGUAAGAAUCCGUGCCCGGAAGCAACCGAUGAGUGGUUUAAAGGUCCUGAAUUUCUUCGGCUUCCCGAGGAGAAUUGGCCAAAGCAACCGAAACCUUCAAAGAUACUUGAAGAGGAACUGAGACCCUGCUUUCUGAUCCAGCGGUCAACUAUUCCGGAAGUUGUGAUAGAUUUUUCUAGAUUCUCUAAGUGGCGACGACAGCUAGGUGCAGUUGCAUAUGUACAUCGUUUCGUGGACAAUUGUAGGCGUAAAUGUCGAGGAGAGACGCCGGAAUUGCUGCAUCUUAGUCAAGCGGAACUGAAGAAGGCGAAGAACACGCUUGUGUGGAUUGCGCAAUGCUUGUAUCAGUUGGCACCAACAGUCGAUGAGUGUGGCGUGCUACGCGUCGGCGGAAGAAUUGGAGCUGCACCGCAUACAUCAUUCGAUGCUAGGUUCCCGGUGAUUCUCCCAAGAAAACAUCCGGUAACGACGCUGGUUGUAGAUGAUUUCCAUCGUACCUUUCGUCAUGGUAAUUCUGAAACGGUAGUGAACGAGAUUCGGCAGUUCUACAGCAUCUUCCUACUAAGGAGAGUGGUGAAGCAAGUUGCGACCGUCUGUCAGUGGUGCAAAGUGAAGAAGGCGACUCCGAAGGUUCCGCGAAUAGCGCCACUGCCUUUGGCCCGCUUGUCCUCAUUUACUCGACCAUUCACCUACACCGGUAUUGAUUUUUUCGAACCGUUGCUAGUGAAAGUAGGAAGGAGCUCGGUUAAACGCUGGAUCUGUCUGUUUACCUAUCUAACCACCCGUGCCGUCCAUGUGGAAGUUGCAUACAGUCUUUCCACACCGUCCUGUAUCAAAUGCAUCCGUCGCUUCAUCUGUCGCCGAGGAGCGCCGGGGCAAAUCUACUCCGACAAUGAUACCAACUUCCGAGAUGCCGAACGACUGCUGCGGAAAGAACUCGAGAACGUCUUUAUCCCACCAGCUGCACCUCAUAUGGGAGGCGCGUGGGAGAGGAUGGUGCGAUCCAUAAAGCCAGCCAUGGAAGCAGCCCACAACAACGACCGGAAACUGGACGAUGAAGGGCUGGUGACGCUAGCCGUGGAAGCCGAGGGUAUAGUGAACAGCCGGCCACCUACCUACCCCUAG